AUGUACUUAGACAAGCGACUGUCCGAAGACAAAAACUACGGAUUCAGCCUCUUCAAUGCGAAAGUCACUGAAUGCAUCGAGUGGCUAGACUCAAAGCAGCCUAAUUCAGUUGUCUAUGUAUCAUUCGGAAGUUUAGUGAUUCUAAACGAAGAUCAAAUGAUGGAACUCGCAGCAGGUUUGACAAAAACGGGAUGUUUCUUCUUGUGGGUAGUGAGAGAGACAGAGGCAGCCAAAAUUCCAAAAUACUACGCAGAGGAAAUCAGUGAGAAAGGACUGGUUGUGAGCUGGAGCCCUCAGCUUGAAGUUCUUGCGCAUAAAUCGGUAGGUUGUUUCUUGACACAUUGUGGAUGGAACUCAACGUUAGAAGGACUAAGUUUGGGAGUUCCGAUGAUUGGCAUGCCUCAUUGGACGGAUCAGCCCACGAAUGCUAAGUUCAUUGAGGAUGUGUGGAAGGUUGGAGUUAGGGUUAAGGCAGAAGCUGAUGGGUUAGUGAGAAGAGAGGAGGUUGUGAGAUGUGUGGGAGAAGUUAUGGAGGGAGAGAGAGGGAAAGAGAUUAGAAGAAAUGUUGAGAAGUGGAAAGUGUUGGCUCGAGAGGCUGUUUCGGAAGGAGGUAGCUCUGACAAGAGCAUCGAUCAGUUUGUUUCUAUGUUUUGUUGA